UCUGACACCUGCCCACAAAGUUUCAGCAUGCAACAGUUUGGGGGUUGACUACAGAAAAGUGUGAGGGGAAUCAGCAAAGCAGAUGCUCUAUCCUUUCCAUCUAAGCAAACAUGAUACACACAGGUUCCAUCGUCUACAUCUUUAUGCUGGUCAUUCUUACUGGGGCUUCUGAAAGCGGCAUCUUCGGAGGCCGCAUUUCAAAGCCGCACUCCAGGCCCUACAUGGCAUCACUUCAGUACGGAACAGAACACAAGUGCGGUGGCAUUCUUAUUCGAAAGGACUUUGUUCUAACUGCGGCACACUGCAUUCUAUCUCAAAGUGACCAAGUGGUACUUGGAGCUCAAAAUCUCAGUAAGAAGGAGGAAAGUCAGCAAAGGAUCAAAGUGGCAAAGUUCUACAUGCAUCCAAAAUACAACAGAGGUUUUCACAAUGACAUUAUGUUGCUUAAGCUGGAAAAAAACGCCGAACUGAAUGAAAACGUUAAGCCCAUUGUGUUACCAAAGAAAGAAAAGAAAAUAAAUGGCAACCUUGAUUGUCUAGUUGUUGGCUGGGGCAGAACUGGACGACGUGAACCCAUUUCCACUGUUCUGAAAGAAGCGACAGAAAAGACACAACUCAAGAUUGAGUGUGAUAAAAUCUGGAAAGAGAAUUUCAUUGCCCAACAAAUGAUUUGCACCAAGUUUAAAAGGAACACAGGAGGAAUAUGUCAGGGUGAUUCUGGUGGACCUCUGAUCUGCAAAAACAAGCUUCAGGGUAUAACUGCUUUUACUGCUGACAACCAAUGUGACAAUCCAAAGUUCCCACACGUAUUUACUAAAGUUAAUUUCUUUCUUCCCUGGAUCAAAGAAAUAAUGCAGGAAUAAGACCAAUGUUGUACCCACUUUAUUUUCUUUUACAAAAAACAAAAAGCUGUGACAACCCUGCAUUACAUUGUUUGAAAACUCUUGUUUCAGAAAAAAAUUACCAAUAUAGUUAUGAUAUUGUUAGAAUCCACAAUAAAGCCAAAUUCCUAAGUAAGUUUCUUUAUUAUUUGAAAGAGCUCUACACUUCAAACUAUCAAUGAAAGUUUCAGCAUUUGUUUCUUACUCAUCCACUUAUAGAAAAGAGUAACCACAGGUUUGUUGUCUGUAAGUACCAUGGCUUAGUACUACAGAUGUGAAGACCCAACCACAAACCCCCUCACACACUGUUCAUAAGUAUAUGCUGCCACAACCACCAAUGACCUCUUCAUGAGUAGGACGCAGAAAUUAACUAUGCUGCUCAAUGAACAAACAUGGUUGAUGAAAAGGUAUUUGUCAGGAUCUGUGUUUUUCUAUGUUUAUUUUGAGUUUUCUGUGUCUCUGUGUUGUCCUGUUCUCCCCUUGAUCACUCCCAGGUGUGUCUUGUUUCUGUGAUUACCCUCCCGUGUAUUUAAUGCCACUUGUGUGUCUGCGUCCUCGUCGGGUCCUUGUCUUGCAGUCGUUUGUGCGUGUCGUGUGCACCGAUUUGUUUGCUGUCCAGUCUAAUAACCAGUUGCUACCAGCGUUGAGCCCUGGCUUCCACUCAGUCGUGCUGCCUGGUGUUUUGGAUCUUGCACUUUCACCAUUAAACGGUCAUCAUACAUCUUA